AUGGAAGACGGUGAAAAUCAGGAGAAUAACAGUCCAAACAGCAACACUUCUCAAAUAGAGGAAAAAUCAAAGCUUCAUAAUUCUCAAACAAGCAAUGGAAUGAAUCAGAACAAGAACAAAAAUAGUGAAAAUAAAUUAGGAAAUGCAGCUCUUAAAAUGGAUCCAUUCAUUAAUGAUCUAGCAAUGCCUUAUGUUGCUGCUAGAUAUGUUCUCGAUAAAAUCUGGACUCGUUUCGAGUGAAGAGAUUAUAUUGAUAAUACACUUCUUCCUAAGCUAGAUUCACAUAUUCAUAAUGAGACCUUGAAAUAUGCUCCACUACUCUUGGAAAAAUACUCAUUCUUCCACGAUGAAGGAGAAACAGCUGCUGACAAGGAUGACCAGUUCCAUUCUUGGUUGUUAGAGGAGGAUGAUAUCAUUCCUCCAAAAAUAGAUUGACAUGCUGCAGAUCAUACUUCUGUUCAGAAAACUACCAUUUUCAGUCAUAAAGCUCGAAGAAAUCUCAUCGAAAUUAAAGAGAAAGAGCAUUCUAAUGACAUUGGAAAUACUUGAAAUAAACAGAUAAACUACUUAAAUGGAAAAGCUAUUGAUCAGUUUGAAAAUUUUAGCAAUAAUAAAAGACCUCUUUCUAAGAGUAUUAAAGAGUUCGACAUAAAAUCUGCUACUUCCAAGCAGACUUCUACCAUGGAAAAGUUAAUGAUCAAGGCAAAAGUGCAUCUAAACCUCACUAGAGACACUGCCAACAAAAUUGAACAAGUUCCUUUAAACAAAAUCUCAAGGCCAACCUCCAAGCAGCAGGUAAUCUACAAGGAUUCUAAUGGGAGAACCACUGUCAUAAAUUACAAGACAAAAGACCUUGAAAUGAAAGAAGAUUCCCAAGUUCUCCACAUGAGAGAAUUUAAGCUAAAAUAAGGAAAUGGCAAAAGAGAAAGCCCAGUUACAGCUUGACCUCAAGGCUCAACAAGACGCUCUCCAUCGGAAACGAGCUGACUCCAAAAUAGAUAUCAAUAAAGUCACAUUUGACACUAAGGGUAAUAUACUAACCAAAAGAAAGUUUAAUGUCCAUAAUUUACCCCAGGUUGGCAAAGACGUUGCUCCUGGAUACCAUAAUAACCCACAUUCACAAGUGAAGUCCUCUUUUCAGGAAUUUCAGAAUCGUCUGAAGAAGCAGAAGGAUGAUCGAGAUAAAAUCCGUGGUCUUAAGAUUCGGAAUAAUGAUGACCCCAACAACACUAAAAGCCAAAGGAAGAAUAUAUCCAGUAGUAUCAGGAAAGCUGGGAACAAAAAAGAAGCUGAAGAUCAACAUACCAAUGGCAUGGUCGAAUCAGGUGGCUCCUUCUUUAACUCAUUUAAUCCCCGAAGUGGAGUGACUAUCAAGGAAGGAUGCUCUAAAAUUAAGAAAGGAACCAGCUAUAAAUCUCUUGUAAGAAAUAUUUCUAGGAAUGAUUACUCUAAAACAUACUCCAAUAAGCCAUUUGAAGUGAGAGGAAUUCUAUCAAACUCUCAAUCGCUAAGAAACCUUGGGGCUCCAAAAAAAAGUCAAGGUAUUAGUUUCUAUGAAGAAGGAAGUUUACCUCCAAUAAUAUCGACAAGGGAUCGAUACAAUGCUUCUCAGGAUGAGGAAAUGAUUGAUGAUUUUAUGCUUGAUCAGAGUGAGAUACGCCCUAAAAAGAAUGAAGAUACUAUCAUAAAGCAAGGAGAUAUAACAGAAUUGAUCAAUCUGUCUCCCAAGAAUAUCUUCAAUGAGACAGGCUCAUAUGGAAAUUAUCAGAAGCAAUCUCAGAUUUCUAUUUUACCAAAAUAUGUUCCAAAGAAUUCAAGGAAUCAGUCACUUCUGAAGAAACUUUCGCUUCAGGCAUUAAAGCACAGUGCGACGGUUAAGCUAGUAAACUCUGAAAUGGCUAGUCCUAGAGAACAAGAAGAGGAUUCUCCAUCCCAUAAAAUUUCAAGCUUCAACCAAAGAAUUCUAUCUAGUAUGAAUUGGGGUAAUGAGAAUUCAGAAUCCAAACCCGUAAAAAUCCCAAAACGUCCUUCUGAAACCAAGAACAUGAACUAUGCUCCUCUUAGUGCUAGGAACCAACUCCAGGCAAUCCAAGAUCAAGGGAAGCUAAAGAAGAAUAGAUGGUUGAACUCAGGUGAUACUAAAGGAAGGAACUAUCUCAGCCAAUUCACAACUUAAUUCAUAACCUGCCAACUUUUAGUUCAAAAUA